AUGGAAGGACCUGGCAGAGAGUUGAAUGCAGUGCUUGUGGGAUCAAAAAGCUCCCGAAAAUAUCUGGUUGGAAACAUCAUCCUGGGAAGGCAGGCGUUUGAUCCAGCAGAUGUAACAUGCCGCUGUGAGAGAGGAGAGGGAGAAGUAUGCGGGCGAAGAGUCUCGUUGGUCAAAGCCCCUGGGUGGCUGCGAGGAUACACCCUCUGUAACACACCCGAACUUUUCAAGACAGAAGCGAUUCUCAGCGUCACUCUGUGUCCACCUGCACUGCACGCUUUUAUCCUGGUGAUCAAUGCUGAACUACCGUUCAAAAAUGAGUACAAUAAGGCGACAAGGGAGCAUUUGCAACACUUUUUCGGUGGCAAGGUGUGGGAUCACACCAUCGUGGUCUUCAGCCACAGAGGUGAGCUAGGCCACAAAACCAUUGAGGAUUACAUCGAGAGGGAAGGGGCGCCGCUCCGGUCCAUUCUAGAGGCCUGCGGUAACAGAUACCACCUUCUUUGUGACGAUGGCACAGACAACAACAAGAGGUUCAAAGAGCUGUUUGAGAAUGUUGAUGCCAUGGUGGCAAAAAACAGGUGUUACGAAGCCGACAGCACGCUGAUUCAAAGUGUUGAGUCGAGGAGGAAGGAAGUGGAUAAAAAAGCUGAGGAGAUGCAGCUUCAGACACAACAACAAAGGAAACAGCUCAGAAGUCUUCUGACAGAGUCAACACUCGACCUGAGGAUCUUGAUGGUUGGGUGGGUGUUUUCCGGGAAGACUGCCACUGGGAACAAUAUUUUUAGUGCUGAAGUGUUUCAGUCUGGUGACAGAACGAUGAAAGCAUCAAAGCAAAGUGGCGAGGUGGCUGGAAGAAAGGUCGUUCUCGUUGAUACUCCAGGAUGGUGGAAAUUUUUCCCACCGAUGUUUACCCCUUCAAAUUUGAAGUCUGAAAUUUUAAAAGGAGUGUCUCUGUGCUCGCCAUCACCAAAUGCCAUCCUGCUGGCAGUGCCAGCUGACACAUCGUUUACCGAGGAACAAAGAAGAAUCACAGAGGGCAACAUGAGGCUGCUAGGACAGAGAGUGUGGAGACAUGUGAUGGUGCUGUUCACAAUCGGGGACAGUCUGGGGGACAAAACUAUUGAGCAACACAUUAAAAGCGAAGGGGAGCCUCUCCGCUGGCUGAUUGAGAAAUGUGGAAACCGGUAUCAUGUCCUCAACAACGCGUGUGCAGAUGGUAAUCAGGUAACAGAGCUGCUGCAGAAGAUGGAAGAGAUGGUGGCAGGAAACAGCUCUUUCUACCUCAGUGCCUACCCGGAAACAGAUGAUCCACCACCUGAGGAAGACAGAAGUGACUGUUCAAGUGAAAAAAAAUAUGAGAUUACAGAGCAUCUGCUCAUCGAAUGGGACCGCAGUAACUGGGAAAAAUACCACAGCCGCCAAGCAAACAGAAUGAGUGAUGUGAAGUCUGAGGGUUCAGAAGAAGAGGAAGAACAAAUAAAGCAGCCAAAUGAAGACGACCAGUUCAAGACCUAUUUUGGUUCUGAAGUGAAAGGUGUAGGCGAUGCAGAAGGAGGGCCUCUGCACAGAUGGAUGGGACUGCUGGAGGAAGAGUGGAACCGACGAGAGGUGUGCGUGGAACAGGCGGCUUGGAGAUAUUUCCACACAGAUGAGAGCACCACAUCUGAGGAUAGUUAUCGGCUGCGUAAAUCAAGAGAGAAUGUAACAUGGUGGCUGAAGAACCACUACAGACCGACAACAUCUGGGCGUGGGGCAGAUUCUGGGACCUACUCCAUCAGCGGCAAAUCAGAGGAGGACCUACUGAGAGAAGAAUCCAGGCAGAUCGAAAAGUUGAAUGCAGUGCUUGUGGGAUCAAAAAGCUCCCGAAAAGAUCUGGUUGGAAACAUCAUCCUGGGAAGGCAGGCGUUUGAUCCAGCAGAUGUAACAUGCCGCUGUGAGAGAGGAGAGGGAGAAGUAUGCGGGCGAAGAGUCUCGUUGGUCAAAGCCCCUGGGUGGCUGCGAGGAUACACCCUCUGUAACACAUCCGAACUUUUCAAGACAGAAGCGAUUCUCAGCGUCACUCUGUGUCCACCUGCACUGCACGCUUUUAUCCUGGUGAUCAAUGCUGAACUACCGUUCAAAAAUGAGUACAAUAAGGCGACAAGGGAGCAUUUGCAACACUUUUUCGGUGGCAAGGUGUGGGAUCACACCAUCGUGGUCUUCAACCACAGAGGUGAGCUAGGCCACAAAACCAUUGAGGAUUACAUCGAGAGGGAAGGGGCGCCGCUCCGGUCCAUUCUAGAGGCCUGCGGUAACAGAUACCACCUUCUUUGUGACGAUGGCACAGACAACAACAAGACAUUGAAAGAGCUGUUUGAGAAUGUUGAUGCCAUGGUGGCAAAAAACAGGUGUUACGAAGCCGACAGCACGCUGAUUCAAAGUGUUGAGUCGAGGAGGAAGGAAGUGGAUAAAAAAGCUGAGGAGAUGCAGCUUCAGACACAACAACAAAGGCAAAAGCUCAGAAGUCUUCUGACAGAGUCAACACCCGACUUGAAAAUCCUGAUGGUUGGGUGGGUGUUUUCCGGGAAGACUGCCACUGGGAACAAUAUUUUUAGUGCUGAAGUGUUUCAGUCUGGUGACAGAACGGCAAAAGCGUCAAAGCAAAGUGGCGAGGUGGCUGGAAGAAAGGUCAUUCUCGUUGAUACUCCAGGAUGGUGGAAAUUCUUUCCAGCGAUCUUUACUCCUUCAAAUUUGAAGUCUGAAAUUUUAAAAGGAGUGUCUCUGUGCUCGCCAUCACCAAAUGCCAUCCUGCUGAUAAUGCCAGCUGACACAUCGUUCACCGAGGAUCAAAGAAGAGUCACAGAGGGCAACAUGAGGCUGCUAGGACAGAGAGUGUGGAGACAUGUGAUGGUGCUGUUCACAUGCGGGGACUUUUUGGGAAACAAAACUAUUGAGCAACACAUUGAAAGCGAAGGGAAGCCUCUCCGCUGGCUGAUUGAGAAAUGUGGAAACCGGUAUCAUGUCCUCAACAAUGCGUGUGCAGAUGGUAAUCAGGUAACAGAGCUGCUGCAGAAGAUGGAAGAGAUGGUGGCAGGAAACAGUUUUUUUUACCUCAGUGCCUACCCGGAAACAGAUGAUCCACCUCCUGAGGAAGACAGAAGUGACUGUUCAAAUGAAAACAAAGAUGAGAUUACAGAGCAUCUGCUCAGCGAAUGGGACCGCAGUAACUGGGAAAAAUACCACAGCCGCCAAGCAAACAGAAGUCUGAUCAUAAGACCAAGCAUGAGUGAUGUGAAGUCUAUGGGUUCAGAAGAAGAGGAAGAACAAAUAAAGCAGCCAAAUGAAGACGACCAGUUCAAGACCUAUUUUGGUUCUGAAUUCCCGAGUGAAGGCGAUGCAGGAGCCGGGCCUCUGCACAGAUGGAUGAGACUGCUGGAGGAAGAGUGGAGGAGACGGGAGGCGUGCAUGGAGCACGCGGCUCAGAGAUUAUUCCACACAGAUGAGAGCACCACAUCUGAGGAUAGUUAUCGGCUGCAUAAAUCAAGAGAGAAUGUAACAUGGUGGCUGAAGAACCACUACAGACCGACAACAUCUGGGCGUGGGGCAGAUUCUGGGACCUACUCCAUCAGCGGCAAAUCAGAGGAGGACCUACUGAGAGAAGAAUCCAGGCAGAUCGAAAUUCCCUCUACUGAGAACUGAUGUUUCCUUAACCGGCUGGCUCUUAUUUUGUGACCCCGUGGUUAAUUUGCUCACACACAGCUAGGUUAAUAUGUUCCACACAAACAUCAUAAAAUGAUCCACAACAGAAUAAACAUACCUUACUGUAGGUUGCUGCAUCACUACACUGUGAAAUUGUUUAAAAAGCAGUAAAAAAAAAAAAGAACACUGUCACUGUCAAAUAACACAAACAUUUUUUUUACAUUUUAUAUUUUCUUCAAAAAUGUAUAUAUAAUAUAAUAAAGGAUGUAUACUUUGCAGUAAAUAUCUGUAUUUAAAAAUAUAUAUCUGUAGAAAAAAACCCAAAUUUUGCACAAAAAAAACAUAUUCUGCAACUAUUGCUGCCAGACUUUUCCCCAAAAAUAUUUUUGUUCUUUUCUUUAAAAAAAAAUUAACAUUGAAAUUGAAAGUUUAAUUUUACAUUC